AGUUUUUUUUUUCAGCCCCCCCCUGCGUAGCUCAAAUUCUCUCAGACUGAACUUGCUGUGUAACUUCAUUGCUCUCACCCUCUCUCUCUCUCCCUAUAUUUACCGGAGACCCACUCUCUCUCUCUCUCUAUACCGGAGAAAAUUACAUUGUUUUUGUUGUCUGUCAAGUAAACACUACCGACGAUGAAGAAAGAUAGUUCAAAACCUCCACGGCAGAGGAUUUUGGGAAGCAAGUCGCUCCAAAUUUCAGAAGACGAAGCCUCGUGCUUAGUUGGUAGCAUAGUCGAAAAGGGUAUCUCAGAAAACCCCCAAAAAACCCCUCUCCAGCCUCCUCGCGCCACCGUUCUGCCUUUUCCGGUGGCUCGUCACCGCUCUGACGGCCCGCAUUGGGCUCCAACGGAUAGUAAAAAUAGUGGUGGUGGUGAUGAUAUAUACGAUGAAGAAGAUGAAGAUUUAGCUGAAUUUGACCCAAUAGGUGUUUUUGCUAAUCCAGUGCAGAGGAAACAGAAGGAAGGUCUGGAUUUUAGUCGUUGGCGAGAGCUGAUAGCUACUGAUAAUUCUUUUGUGUCUCACAAAAGUCAAGCAGAUAAACAUUUAUUAGUGGAAUCCAAAGAGCAUAGGAAGGUUAGUGAAGUAACUGAAAUUUCAGGCAAGAUAAACAACCAUAUUGAUGCUACGGAUAAUGGCCUGUCAAAGACAUCUGUUAAUGCGAUAGCACAGAAUGUGGUUAUGGAAGAGGAAAUGUCAGGAAAUGCAAUUACUGGAACACCAGGUGAGAUUACGGGGCAGGUGUCAAAAAGACAAAGGCAAAUGGAUACAGAGAUGCAAAACAUGUCAGAAUUGCAUGUGCCUUCUAGGUCUACUUCCAGCAACUUGGGAAAUGAACAAGGGUCCAUAAGUCUUGAAAGUCAAAUUGAUGUUGAGAAUCGUGCACGGUUACAGGGUAUGUCAACUGAUGAGAUUGAAGAAGCACAGGCUGAGAUACUGGAGAAGAUGAAUCCUGCACUAAUAGAGGCUUUAAGAAAGCGGGGUCAGGAUAAGUUGAAGAAGAAAAAUUUAGAUAGCUUGAAUACGGCCACCAAUGGAGAGGUGGGUGAUUUGCAAGAUGAGAAAAAUUUGUUUAAAGAUAAAAACGGUUCUUCACUUUCUGAGAGUGAUAUCCCUCAUAAGGUGACAGCAACAGCAGCAGAAAACACACAGAGUGGACCAGGUCGUAGUGCCAUUGGGAGUUUGAAGGCCUCUAGUAGUAGUUUGUGGGAUGCUUGGUCUGAUAGAGUUGAGGCUGUCAAGGAAUUAAGGUUUUCAUUGGAUGGUAGUAUUAUCAAAAAGGACCUCUCUCGGGUACCAGAGACUGGUAAUAUCUCUGUUCACAAUGGGUAUAGUGCCAAUAAUGUUUCUGAACGCGAUUUCCUUCGAACUGAGGGAGAUCCUGGUGCUGCAGGUUACACUAUUAAAGAAGCUCUAGCUCUCACUAGAAGUGUGGUUCCUGGGCAACGGGCUCUUGCAUUGCAUCUCCUUGCUUCUGUUCUUGAUAGGGCAUUAUACAACAUUUGUCAUAAUCAAGUUGGGUGUAAUGUGAAAGAUGCUGACACUGACAGGCUUAUUGACUGGGGAGCCAUUUGGGCAUUUGCUUUAGGCCCAGAACCUGAGCUUUCUUUAUCACUGAGGAUGUCUCUUGAUGAUAACCACAACUCUGUAGUGUUAGCUUGUGCCAAAGUUAUUCAAUGCAUACUGUGUUGUGAGAUCAAUGAGAGCUUCUUUGAUAUCUCAGAAAAAAUAGCGACUUAUCCAAAGGAUGUUUGUACUGCUCCUGUAUUUAGAAGUAGACAAGAAAUUGAUGUUGGUUUCCUUCGCGGUGGCUUUUGGAAGUAUAGUACCAAAGCUUCUAACAUUCUCCCUUUUGGCGAGAAUUCUGUGAAUGACAAAACUGAAGGUGAACAUACUAUUCAGGAUGACGUUGUUGUUGCUGGACAAGAUUUUGCUGCAGGUUUAGUUAGGAUGGGAAUCCUUCCAAGGAUUCGCUAUCUCUUGGAGACAGACCCUUCAGCAGCUUUGGAAGAAGGCAUAAUUUCUAUAUUGAUUGCAAUAGCAAGGCAUUCUCCAACUUGCGCAAAUGCAAUAAUGAAAUGCCCAAGGCUUGUUCAAACAGUUGUUGACAGAUUUACAAUGAAAGACCAAAUGGAAGUUCAUCCUGCUAAGAUAAAAUCUGUUACCCUUUUGAAGGUUUUGGCUCGAUCCCAGAAGAAGAAUUGCUCAGAUUUUAUGGAAAGUGGGAUUUUUCAGAAAGUAACAUGGCAUUUGUAUCGUUAUGCAUUCUCCAUUGACCAGUGGAUAAAAUCGGGAAUGGAGAACUCUAAACUUUCAUUGGCAUUAAUAGUUGAACAAUUACGUUUUUGGAAGGUCUGCAUUCAGUAUGGGUAUUGUGUAUCUUACUUUUCAGAUUUAUUCCCUGCUCUCUGCGUGUGGUUGGGUGUACCUUCAUUUGAAAAACUCAUAGAAAACAACAUCCUUGGUGAAUUUGCUGCUGUUGCCAAGGAAGCGUACCUUGUUCUGGAGGCUCUUACUAAAAGACUUCCAAAUAUAUAUACACAUCUGCAUCUAGGCAAUGAAAUAAGUGGGGAGGUUGCUGGAGAAGACAUGGAGACUUGGUGUUGGAGCCAUGUCGGUCCAAUGGUUGAUUUUGCUCUGAAGUGGACAGCCUUUAGUAGUGAUCCAUACAUAUCCGAGCUCUUCUACGGGCAAAAAGAUAAGAAGAGUGAUUUCCCUGUCCAAAAUGUACCAGUUAAAUCAUUGUUAUGGGUGAUAUCUGCUGUCAUGCGUAUGCUUUCCAGUGUGCUUGAAAGAGUGAUCCCAAAUGAUGCAAUCAGCCUGCCUGGUGGGCAUGUCCCAUGGCUGCCAGAGUUUGUCCCUAAGAUUGGACUUGAACUCAUUAGGAACAGGUUUUUGGGAUUUUCAGAUGUGAAUGGUACAGAAAAUGGAAAGAAUCCAACUGAAGGUAGCUCUUUUAUUGAGUAUUUAUGUGAUUUGAGACAUCAAAGUGAACAUGAAACGUCAAUAGCUUCUGCAUGUUGCCUUGAUGGAUUAGUUCAAGUUGUUAUUUCUGUUGACAAGUUGAUAAAGUUAGCUAAGUCUGAGAGUCAUCCGCCAUUGUCCCAAAGCGACAGUUUCGCAAGAGAAAGUAUGAUACUUGCAAAUGGGAUACUUAAGUCAUCUCUGGUUGAAUUCAGAAAUUUGCUAACUACUUUCAUGAAGUUAAUUGCUUCUGAGUGGCAUAAUGUGCAGUCCAUUGAGGUGUUUGGCAGAGGUGGCCCUGCUCCUGGGGUUGGAUUGGGCUGGGGUGCUUUGGGUGGAGGUCUUUGGUCUACUGCUGUUUUGUUGGCUCAAACAGAUGCAGGAUUGCUCAUUCACUUGCUUGAAAUAUUUAAGAUUGUGUCUGCUGAAGAUCUGCCUGCAGUUGAAGACAUGACCUUUAUUAUGCAAAAGAUAAAUUGUGUCUUUGGAGUAUGUUCUGUUGUAGGACCAAGGGAUGGAUUUAUGGUGGACAAGGCAUUGGAUAUCUUGUUUGAAGUCCCUGUUCUGAAGUAUCUUGAUAUCUGUAUCCGCCGUUUUCUUUACCUUAACAAUGGACAUAAACUUAUUGGAUGGGAAUAUAAAGAAGAGGACUACAUGCUCUUCAGUAAGAUUUUAGCUUCACACUUCAAAAACAGAUGGUUGUGUGUAAAAACAAAGUCCAAAGCAGUGGAUGAAAUUAGUUGUGUUGGCCGGAAAAUGUUGAAGAAGGGCAGUGAUGCUCUGGAAACCAUUCACGAGGACUUGGACACAUCAAAUAUUACCAGUCAUGAUCAUGAUUGCACUUCUUUGUUAGUAGAAUGGGCUCACCAGAGACUGCCUCUACCAAUGCAUUGGUUUCUCAGUCCAAUUUCAACUAUCAGUGACAGAAAGCGUGCUGAUCUUCCUAGCGCUUCUAAUAUAUUAAAUCAUGUGCAGGACCUCAAUCCUUUUCUUGAAGUUGCUCAAGGUGGACUUUUCUUUCUUUUAGGUAUCGAAGCAAUGUUUUCAUUAGUCUCGACUGAGGUCGGCUCCCCUGUUCGGAGUGUACAUAUAAUCUGGAAACUGCAUUCCUUGUCCACGGUCUUACUUAUUGGUAUGGGUGUGCUUGAAGAUGAGAAGAGUAGGGUUGUAUAUGAAACUUUGCAAGAGGUCUAUGGGCAGCUUCUUGAUAAGUCAAAAGUUAGUAAAACAGAAUUUAUUUUGGAAAAUAAUGAGAAGUUGUCUGCAGAAACUGGAGGGAAAUAUGGUGUGGAGUUCCUUAGAUUCCAAUCAGAGAUACAUGAGAGUUAUUUUACAUUUAUGGAAACUCUUGUAGAGCAGUUUGCUGCUGUUUCCUAUGGUGAUUUAGUUUAUGGUCGGCAAGUGGCAAUUUAUCUACACCGUUGCGUUGAAGCUCCAGUACGACUUGCUGCCUGGAAUGCACUAUCUAAUGCUCGUGUUCUUGAACUUUUGCCACCCUUAGGGAAUUGUUUUGCUGAGGCUGAAGGAUACCUUGAACCUACUGAGGAUAAUGAAAGCAUUUUGGAGGCUUAUGCUAAGUCAUGGAUUUCUGGGGCCCUUGAUAGGGCUGCAACUCGAGGAUCAGUCACCUUUACACUGGUUCGGCACCACCUUUCAUCUUUCAUUUUUUGUUGUCACGCUGGUGAUAAUUUAUUGCUCCGAAAUAAGCUUGUCAAGUCUCUCCUGCGAGACUACUCCCGUAAACAGCAACAUGAGGGAAUGAUGGUGGAUUUUAUUCAACACAAUUCCCGACAGGAGGAGGGUUCAUCAGUGCAGGCAUGCUGCAUAGACAAAAGAUUCCACUUAUUGACAGAUGCUUGUGAAGGAAAUUCCUCACUGUUGAGGGAAGUGGAGAAGCUCAAGUCCUUUUUCCGGAAGAACAAUUUUUUUGUGAUUUAACGAAAUACACUUAUAUAUGUAUAUAUAUGUAUUGUAGGAACUCACAGUUCUCGUGUUGUUUUAUCAUAGUGAAUUUAGUCGAUGGUUUUGGGAAAAAGGAAUAGGAGAUGGCAUUUUUGCUAGUUUGAAAAUAGUUGUAAUGGACUGUUAUUUUGUCUUCGAGCUCGAAAUGUGUACACUUUCAUAUCCCAAAAUUUCUAUUUAAUCUGCUUAAUUCUAAUAUUAGUUUAUUUAUUUAUUUUAA